AAAUAAAAAUGAAUAAUCAUUAAGUCAUACAUGUGUGACUAUUUCAUCAGUCUUGCUGUGUUAUCAAUUCAGUGCAGUCGCAUCAAAAACAUUUCCACAAAACUUAUGAGCCUCGCCAUAAUUUUAUAAACUAUCUUCUGCUACAACACAAUCCUGAGCAAGAUUCAAAAGCAGUAUGUUUCUCGUCAACCUUGUACCCCUGCUUCUGGCGGUAGGUGUGUUGACUCAAUCUGGGGAUGAAAAUCUGACGGAAGAACCAGAUAAUCUUCGAGAUGUUAUUAUCUGCGUUAUCGAGAAUGUUGUUCGUUACAGCAAUGAACAAGAUACGGAGGCUGUACUGAGUUUGUUCGACAAAAAUGCCAUGAUACUGAUUGACGGAUUCCCGCCCUUUGUUGGACAUGACGAGAUACGAUUGGUGGCUGAUAACAUCGCUGAGAGAGCAGCUAGCAUAGAAGACGAUUAUAAAGAGAUCGAGGCUAUGGAUAAAGAUGAGAACUUAGUCUACGAGAGGCAUCACUUCAAGUUUUUCAACGACUUGGGUGAAAAGUACAUUGAAGGGAAUUUUCUGGCCAUAUUCAAGAAGACCCCGGAUGGAUACAAGUUCCACAUACUGAUGUUCAACAAACGUAAACAAGAAGAAGAGGCCUAAUCUUAGGCCUAUUGGUUUUACUUCGUAUGACGAUCUCGACCAUAGUCAAGCUGCUUCUGAAUAAACAAUUUGAAUUAUUCUAAUUAUUUGUAGAUUUAGGAUUGAGAAUACUUUCUCUUAUCGUUUCCAAUGUAAAGAUAUUAUGAUGGAUUAUAAUGCGUCAUGACCGCCAUGCACCAUCUUUGGUGUAAAACAAUGGAAAGUGCACGCGGACGUAAUCCUCGCUAUAUUAUACGCACGACUCUCAGCCAAUAAUAGCUCUCCAUCCAUGGAAAGCUAAUAAUAGCUCAGCCAAUAAUAAUAGCUUAGCCAACAAUAGCUCCCCAUCCAUGCGUGCACAAUUCAUAAAGAGAUGGCGGCCGAUGACGUCAUUCAAUCCAUCCAUUGAUAGAAUAAUCUUUACAGGUGAUUGGGUCAUUCAUUACAAAUUUCAAGUCACCACCUGACACUCAAAAGAAAAACACAAAAUUAAUAGAUGGACUAAAAUUACGGAUGGAAUAGAGUGUAUCUUCCGUAUUUGACAGAAAACACUUUGAGUGCAAAUGAAAAGUGUUUAUUUAUUGCACCAUUGCCGAUGAUGAUCUGUCUUGUUUGCAGUGUAAAUUUUUAAUUAUUCCCACGAGAGGGCGCUCAUCACAAAAAGUUUGCUCCCGACUAAAAAGUUAUUCGUCACUUUCAACACAAGGUUACUAUGAUUCUUGUAGACCAAUAAACAAAAGUACCACUACAAUAAAGCAGUUCAUUUAAAAAAUU